AUGCUGAGAGUUCCAGAGCCGAAGUACCGGUAUGUUUUCAGGGAUUCUUGGACACGACUUAAUGUCAGACCUGCCAAAGUUAUGCAGGUAAGCCGCUAUAAUGUGUUUCAAAUACAUCUGGACAGCACAGUCCUAAAUACCAUUGUUAAGUUAAUAAUUUGACCACUUUAUCUCAUCAAAUAAAAUAAUAUUAAACUUGGCAGGAACAUUUAAGUUUACAUUUUAGCUCCAACUUUUUCCUAGUGUUCAGUAUGAUUACCCAGCUCUCACAAGAUUAAAAUUUAAUGUUGUGAUUUAAAUUAUCUUUGGUUCAAAUUUUAUUUUCCAUUGUUUUUGGGUAGGGUUAUUUAUGAUAAUAAAUUGUAAACAAAGGAAAAUAAAAUUUAAACCAAAGAUAAAAUUGAAUAAAAUUGAACAUUUUGUUUAUGCUGUAUUGAGCUGUUUUCGAAAUCACUUAUUUCCAUUUUAUUUAUCAGCAAGACCAUCUGAUUGGAGAACUAAAGGAGUAUCAAGCAAAAGGCCCUGCUGAUGCUGACAAGGUUUCUAUGACCGUGGAGUACCUGGAAGCUGCCCAGUCAUUAUUUGAAUUUGGUGUACUCAGCCAUACAAAGAUAUCUGACAUCAACAGUGCUGUUCUUCAGAAGAUGGAGGAAGGAUUUCUGUUUUUUGUAGCCUGGGCAGACUACUGCAAUGGUGAAGGUAGAAAAUUGCUUAUCCCUGUUCACAUUUAGUCAGUAAUUUUUGUAUAGCUGUACAGAGUCCAAUGUGUACCAAUAAAAACACUUUCAGAGUAAUACUUAAUUAAACAGUAUACACCUGUUGUACCAGUGGCAUUAUUGCUGUCUUGAAAAUGAAAUGCAACAUGAUUAAUUGGUGACAUCAACUGAUUUCCUGUUCUCUGGAGGAGCUAGGAGGUACCAAAAUAAGAAAAAGUGAACAUUCAAGUGAAUGUAGAAACCAGUACAUCUUAGGGCCCUAGACUUUAAUCAGUCAUGGUCACUUUGUGAUUUUGGUUUUGACUGCAAACUUUGGUCAAUUCUGAAGAUCAAUUCAAAAUUACCCUCAUUGGAGAUACUUUUUUUUUCAAAACAGGUUACGACCUUUCAGUCCCCACACAGACAGUCUUUUUGUCAUGGCAAGUAAGUAUGUUUCUUUUUUUUGGCUAUUUCAAGAUGUACUGUUUUAUAGUAUCUCUCCUGAAAAGUGAAUAUUAAUUACUUGCCUUGCAGACAUGGGACCUGCUGAGAUUGAUGUACUAUGGUUUUUCUGAACUUUGCCAUGAGUUCUUUGAUCGGUUUCCAGGGCAUUACCUUAUUCCACUAAGGAUUAAUGGCAGUGGAUUAGAAACAAUCUUCUCUCAGCUACGAUUUUCAACUGCCGGAAAUUUAACCAGCUGUAAUUAUGGCUAUGCCCUUUCCUCGUUGACUCUGAGAAGGUUCCUUCAUGGUCACCGUGGGAAAUACAAGUACCGGAAAGCAAGACUGUAUGUGAGGCAGAGA